CCUAUAUCAACCUCAUUUUUUCAAAAUCUCAGCUUUAACAGCCAAAAUGAUUACUAAACGAUUGAUAAAGGACCUCUUUAGAUAUGAUUCAUAUAGUAUACGUUGUUUUAGUUCAUUUUUUGCUGCUCGUCAAAGUUUAUAUGAUGAAACAUUGAAAAACUUGCGUUUAACUAAAGAAUCAAAAGUAAUAUUCCAAGGUUUUACUGGGAAACAAGCAACAUUUCAUGCGCAACAAGCAAUAGAUUAUGGUACAUGUGUAGUUGGAGGAAUAAACCCGAAGAAGGCGGGAACAAUGCAUCUUUCUCUUCCAGUCUUUAAAGAUGUUAAAGAAGCUAUGAAAAAUACAAAAGUGGACAUUUCAGCUAUUUUUGUUCCGCCACCUCUUGCAGCAGAAGCAAUUAUAGAAGCAAUUGAAGGGGAGGUUCCUCUUAUUGUGGCUAUUACAGAAGGAAUUCCGCAAUAUGAUAUGAUUCGUAUUAAUCAAAUUCUUAAAGUUCAAUCUAAAACACGGUUAAUUGGACCUAAUUGCCCAGGAAUUAUUGCUCCAGGCCGUUGUAAGGUUGGAAUUAUGCCUAGCCAUAUUCACAAACAAGGAAAUGUUGGAAUUGUUUCUCGAUCAGGGACAUUAACUUACGAAGCAGUUAAUCAAACAACAAAUAUUGGGCUUGGUCAAAGUUUAGUUAUUGGAAUUGGAGGGGAUCCAUUUCCAGGAACUAAUUUUAUUGACGCCUUGAAAUUUUUCUUAGAAGAUGAAGAAACAAAAGGAAUUAUUAUUAUUGGUGAAAUUGGAGGAUCAGCUGAAGAGGAUGCAGCUGAAUUUUUGAAGGAGGCAAAUCUUUCAUUAUCAUCACCUAAACCAAUUGUUUCUUUUAUUGCUGGGAUUUCAGCUCCUCCUGGGCGUAGAAUGGGUCAUGCUGGCGCAAUUGUAACAGGAGGAAAAGGAACGGCAAAUACUAAGAUAUCUGCUUUGGAAAAAGCUGGCGUUAUUGUAUCCAAAUCUCCUGCUCGUCUAGGAACCCUUUUAUAUGAUGAAUUCGUAAAACAUGGACUUGUUUAAAAAAAAAUUAUAUAAAAUAUAUUUGCAUAUAUUAUUUUCAGG